GCCAGUAUUGCUUCGCUUCGCUCGCAAUGAGAUGUUUUCUGUUUACAUUAAUGUAAUCUACAAUCUGAACCAUCUGAGCACCAUGAACCAGGGUGAUGUGUAUUCCGAUAUCUCAAACGAAAGCAGCGCGAAAGAUUAGCUUAACAGGUGCCGUGCCGAUUUAUCCGAGAAUUUCGUUCUCACGGCUCAAGUUGCAGGGAGAUGCCCAUACUCAGUUAGUCCAUACCUGGUCCAUACCCUCCCAUCUCACCGUUCGUCCUCUAAACGAUCACCAUGCCUUUUCAUCGACUCUACUGCUCCGUAAAUCUCUACAGCAAGGAGGAAAAACAGGCCAUUGCGCGCAGUAUCACCGAACUAUAUGCUCGAGUUCCCAUCCCACGAUUUUACGUCGUUGUGAACUUCAUCGAAGUUGGGCAAGAUGAUUGCUACGUCGGUGGGGAACCAAACACCAGAUUCUUGAGGAUCAGUGUGCAGCAUCUAGCGCGAAAUUUGCAAACUGUUGAAGAAAAACGCAAUUUCAUGGAAAGGUACGAAAAGACCUUGGAGCCUUAUACCAAAGACAAAGGGAUCGACUGGGAGGUGCAAAUAUCCAACGAAGAUCCCCUAUAUUGGAACUUGAAUGGCAUUUGCCCCCCACCUUUCGGCUCUGAAUCGUACCAGAUGUGGGUCAAAAUCAACAAGCCGGUAGAGUGGUCAGAGGAAGAAGCACAAGGUUCAUGAGUUCGAUUGGCUGUGAUUGUUGUAACCGCACGUACUACUGCCACAUAGCGUAUACUCUUAUCGAUAGGGCCUACAUAAGGUCUAAACUGCCAUGAAUAAUAGUACAUUGACCUUGAUUAGUUCGUGUCGUAUUCACCAAUUCUGACGAGGGAGUAGAUGUGAAUAAUGCAAGGAUCGACUCUCACAAUGUGCAGGUGUGUUCUUGACGUCUGCAG